AUGGCCUACAUCGUCAACCCGACCUACCCACUAUUCCCCAUCUUCGCAUUUUUUGGUUUUAUCCUCGUUCUCAUUCCUCUACCAUGGCACUUGCAAGCUUGGAAUGCUGGCACUUGUGUCUAUAUGAUCUGGGCUGCUGUGGCUUGCCUUAUUGAAUUCGUGAAUUCUGUCGUCUGGAAUGGCAGCGCUUUGAAUGUUGCACCAGUAUGGUGUGAUAUUUCGUCUAAGAUUCUGCUUGGUGCAGGAGUUGGGAUACCUGCAGCAUCGCUUUGUAUCAGUCGAAGACUGUACAAGAUUGCAGUCAUUAAAACUGUCUCUACUACUCGUCAAGAUAAAGUUCGUGCCCUUGUAAUCGACCUUUGUAUUUCCAUAGGCAUACCUGUCCUCGUUAUGAUACUCCAUUAUGUCGUUCAAGGCCAUCGUUUUGACAUCCUUGAGAAUGUGGGAUGCUACCCUACCAUAUACAACACUCUUCCAGCAUACUUCCUUGUGUUCAUGUGGCCCUCGCUAUUGGGCUGCGUUUCUUUCGUUUUCUCAGGCCUGACACUGCACGCUUUCUAUAAACGUCGCCUGGAGUUCAGUCAAUUCGUUAACUCCAAUACCUCUUUGAGCAUCAAUCGCUACAUACGUCUCAUGCUACUUGCCGCGAUCGAAAUGGCUUUUACAAUCCCCAUCAGUAUCUACAGUAUCUAUAUCAGCAACAAGGGUGUCACUCUAGAGCCGUGGAUCUCUUGGUCGAACGUGCACUAUGGUUUUUCUUAUGUUGGGCUCAUUCCAGCUGUAGAGUGGGCGAGCGAUCCUGGGUACAAGACAUCCGUUGAAAUGACUCGUUGGCUUUUCCCUUCCUGUGCUUUGUUAUUCUUUGCCAUAUUUGGCUUCGCAGGCGAGGCCCGAAAGAACUACUGUCUUGCUUUCUGGUCUGUUGCGAAACUAUUCGGUUGGAGCCCACGCAAACCCCAGCUAUCAGUUCCUGCCUCUACCAGGUGGAACGCUGCUUUCAAAUCUAAUUCAGGUGUCUCUGUUGGCUCUCUUCCCGCUUACACCCUUCCCACUCCACCUCGGCCUAAAUACAACAUGGAUGAUGACAUCGAAAAAUCUGCCGGACUUCCAUCUGCACGCCUUCCUGAAUACAGUAAAGGAGACGGCCAGUCCCCUACCGAUUCAAAAUAUCCUCUCUCAGUCCCACCACAGCAUGUCGAUGUCCGAUACUACUUAUUGUUCGCCAUCGCUUCCCCCCUCUCCAUUGGAAGAACAAAGACCAGCCACCCUGCUUCCAUUCCAUCGGCCAUUUACACCGCCCAGCGUGUAUCCUAUUGUAUCACAAUCUCCCAUUCCGCGUUAUCAAACUCGUGA